GUCAAUUGACUAAUGCAUUUCUUGCUACCCACACAUUUUAGGUGGUUCUUAGUCAUUCUUAGUAAUGGAUAUUCAUGUAUAUUCUCUUCAAGUAAACUUUUUUAUACUAUUGCCAGGAAUGUAGUCAAGGAUCAAUGAAACGUCUUUUAAUCAAAUGGUUAUUAUUUGUUAGUUCUUCUUAGACACACACACACACCACACAUUACUUGUAAUUUCCUUUGAAACUUCAUAUUUUCCCAUACAGUUUGUCGGCAUUUGGAUUCAUCAUAUUCCAGGUUCAAAGUAUUUUAUAAAGAUUCUAAAAGACCAGCUUCAAAUUGAGUCCAUAUAUAAGAUUAUGCAAAUACUCAAAACUCCAUUUAAAUAGCCAAGUAAUCAAGUAAAACAAUUUACAAAGAGUGACUGAGACAGAAAGAAGUGACCAAUUCCAAUUUACUGGAAAAACACAUUACAGAGAGACCGAGAGACUGAGACAGAAAGAAGUGACCAAUUCCAAAAAUGUCAGUACCCAAAUUUCCAGGUUUGUUGGAGGAGGAAGAAGAGGAACAGGGGAGCUAUGGUACGGCUGAGUCCAUGGACCCAGAACUCUACAGAGCUACUACAGAAGGUGAUAUCCUUGAAUUCAUACAAGCGAUGGAGCAGGGCCCAUUAGACAGACAAUAUGGUUCGUCAGCAACUUGUCUCCAAUUGGGCCCCCAGAAGAACACUGUUCUUCACAUUGCAACAAGCUCUGGACGCUAUGAAAUUGUCAAGCUUCUUUGCAAGGACUUGCCUUUCUUUGUUGCUGAGAAAAACGCCAAGGGCGAUACUCCACUCCAUAUUGCAGCAAGAGGCGGUGAUUCAUUGCUUGUGAGCCUGCUUAUCAAUUCUGAUUUCAGAGAAGAGAUUUUGGAAGAGAGGAAUGAGGAAGGUAACACUGCAUUGCACGAGGCGUUGCAUCAUCGUCAUGAGAAGGUGGCUCGGAUUCUGAUUGAUAAGAAUCGAAACAUAUCAUAUUCUGUUAAUAAGGAUGGGAAGUCUGUGGUGUAUCUGGCUGCAGAAGGAGGGUAUGUUGGCCUUGUUAAGAUUCUUAUGGAGAAUCCUGCUGGGAAUUGCAGCAUCGAAGGGAGGCUCAGAAACAAGUCGCCGGUUCAUGCUGCUAUCCUUGGAAGAAACUUAGAUGUCUUAAAAAUACUGUGGGAAAAGGAUCAAUCCUCCUUCCAAUUGAGAUUUGAUGAGGAAAGGAGAAGUGCUCUUCACUGUGCUGCAUCCAUAGGUUAUCUUGAAGGGGUCAAUUUCUUGCUAAGCAAAUGCUCCGGUACCACUUACGAAAUGGACAAGCACGGUCUCUUUCCUAUUCACAUAGCAUCCAACAAAGGCCAUGCCAACAUAAUCCAAGAGAUGCUUCAUCACUGCCCUGAUUCUAGGGACCUACUCACUUCACGAGGCCAGAACAUCUUUCAUGUUGCAGCAAAGAGUGGAAAAGCCAAAGCAGUUAGUUGUAUGCUCAAAAUGCCCGAGCUAGCGAAACUUAUAAAUGAAAGAGAUGAUGAAGGAAACACACCCUUACACAUCGCCACCAUUAAUGGCCAUCCAAGGAUUGUGAGCACUCUGACAUGGGAUGGGAGAGUAAACCUAGAGCUCGAGAAUAACAACAGGCUAACAGCACUUGACAUUGCUGAAGAAUACAUGGAAACAAUGGCUUCAUUUCAAAAGAGGUUGACAUGGAUGGCCUUGAGAGUUGUCGGGGCUCCGCGGGCUCCACAUGCAAAGCUUUCCAAAACUAUAAGUUCUAGGGUUGAAGAGCAUUCCCAAAAGGAAAACUACAAAGACAAGGUUAAUGUAGUUUUAAUGGUAGCAACACUAGUCACAACUGUAACCUUUGCAGCUGCUUUCAGCAUCCCAGGUGGCUAUAACAAUUCUGACCCGAACCAAGGCAUAGCAACCAUGUUAGCAAAGGCGAAGUUCCAGGAAUUCGUGAUCUGUGACACCAUAGCAAUGUAUUGCUCUAUUAUCGCCGUCGUCAUUCUCAUAUGGGCACAACUGGGUGAUGUCAGUACGAUGCACGCUGCCUUAAAAUUGGCAUUGCCGCUACUGGGAAUAGCACUUGCUAUGAUGUCUAUAGCAUUCAUGGCAGGUGUGUACUUAAUAGUAAGCAAACUCAGUUGGCUUCGCAAUGUUGUUCUGUUGAUGGGCUCAAACUUUGUCGUCACACUUGCAGCAAUCUUUGUGCCACUAUGUUUCUUGGGUUCAUCAAACUAUCACAUCUUCCGUCAUGUAUCGUAUUAUCCAUUUCUGUUGAUGUUAUAUGCCUUUGGAGGUUAUACAGAUGGCGAUGAUGAUAUGGAUGAGUAAUUCACAAUGGUGCCAAUAGUCUUGUAAAUAAUCUACUUUGUCAAAUAAGUGUGUGGACCAAUAAUCUGUUGGUCUGAUGAUAUGUGGAUAGCGCAAAGAGGCUUCAGUCAAAUGAAGUCGAUUGGGAAUUUAAAAUUCCUAGUGUGCAUGGAAUUAGGAUUUAUUUGCUCUCAAGUUAACUAGAAUCUAGUUGUAAGACGAGCUUAAGUGCAAUCCAGUUUUAUGAGGAGCCAACUCCUCUUACAACUCAAUUCAGUAUAACUAGAGAGCAGUCAUGUGCAUAGAAUUAUACUAUGUAAAAAGGAAGAUUUGUGUCAACUCUAAUAUAGUGUGUAUUUCUUCUUUUUUGUGAAAUACAUUGUAUAUAUAAUGUCCCUAGUGGAAAGCCAUUGUACAUAUUGUCAAAUAAGUAAUAAAUGGUUACUUCAAUGUA